AUGAAGGUCAAGAUCGAGAGCUCAAAGAUCGUCAAGCCGUCGUACGAGGACGGCGAGGCGCCGGCGCAUGCGCAGCGGGUGCCGCUCUCCGUGUUCGACAAGGUGACCUACGGGGAGCACGUCGCCCUCAUCUUCGCGUUCCGGCCGCCCAACCCGCCCAACAGCGAGGUCGAGCUGGGCCUGGCCAAGGCGCUCGCCGUGUACCGGGAGUGGGCCGGACGGAUCCGCGACGGGCGCCGGUCGGUGCUGCUCAACGACGCCGGGGCGCGCUUCGUGGAGGCCACGGUGGACGCGCCGAUGGCGGUGUCGAUGCCGUCCGGGCCGUCACCGGAGGUGAGGUUGCUGCACCCGAGGAUCGACGGCAGCCCCGUGGAGCUGGUGCAGGUGCAGCUGACCCGCUUCUCCUGCGGCUCGCUGGCCGUGGGCUUCGCGGGGCACCACCAGAUCGCCGACGGGCAGGCCACGGCCAACUUCCUAGCGGCGUGGGGCCUCGCUACGCGGCGGCUGCCGCUGUCGCCGCUUCCGGUGUGCGAUCGCAGCACCCGGUUCGCGCCCCGCGAUCCGCCGCUCGUGGAAUUCCCGCACCGGGAGGUGGAGUACAGGGCUCCGGCGCCCAACAAGAAGCGCGACAUCGCUCUGGACGACGAGAAGGAGGAGAUCGGCUUCGGCGUGGCGGGGCACGACAAAGUGAAGGUGCACAGGAUGCACCUGAGCAAGGAUUUCGUGGCGCAGCUCAAGGCGCGGGCCUCGUCGGCGCUCCCGCCCUCGCGGCGCGGCUACACGACGUUCCAGAGCGUGGUCGCGCACCUCUGGCGUGCGAUCACCGCGGCGCGCGGCCUGGCUGCCGGCGUGACAACCAAGGUCCGUAUCUCCGUGAACGGCCGGACGCGCAUGCGCCCGCCGGUGCCGCGCGACUACUUCCGCAACGUGGUUCUUUGGGCGUUCCCGCGCUCCAACGUCGGCGAGCUCGUGUCCCGGCCGGUGGGCCACGCGGCGGAGCUCAUCUACCGCGCCGUGGCCGGCGUGGACAACGCCUACUUCCGGUCCUUCGUGGACUUCGCCGCCGAGGUGGAGGCCGAGGGGCUGAUCCCGACGGCGGACAGCGAGCAGGCGGUGCUGUGCCCGGACCUGGAGGUGGACGCGUGGCUGGGGAUCAACUUCCACGGCCUGGACUUCGGGGGUGGCGGCCCCUUUUGCGUCGUGCCGACGUACUACCCGAUGGAGGGCAGCCUGUUCCUGGUGCCGUCAACCCUGGGCGAUGGUAGCAUGGAGGCCUACGUGGCCCUUUUUCACAACCACCUCGAAGAGUUCAAGAGGAUAUGCCACAGGAUCACCUAG